GAUUCUCUCGUAGCCCUUAUAGAGCAGAGAGGAGUAUCUGAGCGAUGAGGGUCGGUCACACGAUGUCGUCGUCGUGAUGGUCGAUCGACAUCGAGGUCGUAACGAGGUGGACGAUCAACGAGGACUGGAAGAUUCGUGUUGUGAGCCUAGCACUCUCCGGACCGUGUUAUUCUCUUCCGUCUUCGAGACGAAAAUCAUCGCCGAUUUCACUCACUUUUUUUUUCAAAGGGGAGAGGUCCGCUCUGCAGAGAGAGGUCGCACGAACAGCGUCUUUUCACAUCAGCAAUACCCAUUUCAUAUGAAUGGAAUCAGAUCAUCACCCUGUUUUACAAAAAUUUGGACUGACGACACUCUCGCGGAAACAUCGAUCACGUCUGUGUACCCACCACAUCACGAACUUCAAGUUUAUAUUUUGCCAGGCGAUACGGCAAAUUAGUCAGUCCCUUGUGGGACCAGCAGCUAUGGCAUUGCCUUAAUUAGAAUAUGCGUGACCUCAACAGACUAUCAGCAAAGAUUUGAUCGGUUUCCAUUGGAAAGGGAGGUCCCUGCACAUGACUUUGUAAAGCGGAUGAUGUCCCGUGGAUCCACGGUCAUUAUUGCAGUCUUUAUUGUCUGCUGAUGUACCAAUAUUGGGGGCCGGUCUCAUCUAACACCUAUCGGGAGGAACAACAAACGAUCCCACGUUUUCUAGGGAUGCGGAUUAUAAAUAAUGAUGUGUUUCCAGGUUCGAUAUGAAUUGUAGUAUGAUUGCCAUUGAUUAGUUAAAGAUUUA